AUGAUGACGAUCGAGGGGAGAAAGGGCUCGUCGGCGAAGAAACGGCGGUGCUUUCGUGGAGGGGACUGGGUAUCGGGCGCCGAGGGGAUCUAUAGGGUGGAGGAGGGCAUCAGUCAAUAUGCUGCCCAGGCCAGAGCCGCGGAUCAAGUCCCACAAUAUAGCAGGAUAGAUCUUGAGGCAGCUAGCGAGUCGUCGUUGAGCGAAAAGUCAAAAGCCCGUGGAGGCCAGUGGAACGUACCUUGGAGAUGGAGUAAGAAGAGGACUGGUGGUGCUGCUAGGAAUGUGACUGGCAGCGGUAGCGGCAACGAUGCUUGCCUGUCGUGGGGCCAUCCUUGGAAGAAGGGGAGUGGGAGGAGACGUCUGCGACCUGCAGCCGGUGAAGAGGAUGUUUUUGGUGAGGGAGGCGAGGAUGAUGAGCAACAGGGGCGACAGCAAGACGCGGAGCAGCGUCAGCAGCAGCAGCGUCAGCAGCAGCAGCAGCAGCAGCAGCAGCAGCAGAAGCAGAAGCAGGGGCGGGUGCAACAACGGGAGGACCAGACGUGGAAGUCGUACCAGAAGCAUCAGGAUCUGAAGUUGAGCCCUGGGCACUCCGAGUCUGGAGCGCAAGCUGCGACAUGGUGGGCAAUGCGACGGAAAGACAACUGGCCGGCGGCCCAACUGGGGGUGUACACGUGCAGGGUCAGAGCUUAA